AUGCUGCGCUUUGAAGACUCCCUCCCGCGGCUCCCUGUUCCUACUCUAGAGGAAACCGCCAAGCGAUACCUCAAAUCCGUUCACCCGCUCCUCUCCCAAUCCGAAUUCGACGCAACGACAAAGGCUGUCAACGAGUUUGUAGCCCCUGGCGGGCCUGGAGAGAAGCUUCAAAAGCGCUUGGUAGAGCGGAGAGAGGACCCAAAGCACAGGAACUGGAUCUACGAGUGGUGGAACGAUGCUGCGUACAUGGCCUACCGCGACCCGGUUGUGCCAUACGUCAGCUACUUCUACUCGCACCGCGAUGACAGGAAGAGGCGAAACCCGGCCAAGCGCGCUGCUGCGCUGUCAACAGCCGUGCUUGAAUUCAAGAAGAUGGUCGACGAAGGCAGCCUGGAACCAGAGUACAUGAAGAAGCUUCCCAUGGCCAUGAGCUCCUACGAGCACAUGUUCAACUGCUGCCGUGUGCCCAAGAAGCCAUCAGACACUAGCACAAAGUACCCCUUCAAGGAGAACCCGCACAUCAUUGCCAUUAGGAAGAACCAAUUUUGGAAGAUUCCCCACGAGAUCAACGGAAAGCAAUUGAACACCAGCGAGCUCGAGCUCCAAUUCCAGCGCGUAUACGAAAAGGCCGAGAAGGCGCCCGCAGUCGGCGCCCUAACAUCUCAGAACCGUGAUGUCUGGUCAGACGUCUACCCUAAGCUCAAGGCUGCCUCUGACGUCAACGCUGCAUCGAUCCAGGAGAUCGAAUCCGCAUCUUUCGUCGUUUGCCUAGACGACGCCUCCCCUGUUACUCUCGAAGAGCGCGCACACCAAUACUGGCAUGGCGAUGGCGCAAACCGCUGGUACGACAAGCCUCUCCAGUUCAUUGUCAACGAGAACGGCACAUCAGGCUUCAUGGGCGAGCACUCCAUGAUGGACGGCACACCCACACACCGCCUGAACGACUACGCGAACCAGCAAAUCUUCACCAGCGCUCUUCCCUUUGACGACCCCAAUGUACGCUCCGACCUGCCCAACCCGAAACCCCUUCGAUUUGAGAUCAAUAAGGAACUACAACAAGACAUUGCCGACGCACAAGCACACUUCUCCCGUCAAAUCGGCGCACACGAGUUGAGGGUACAGGCAUACCAAGGCUACGGCAAGGGCUUGAUCAAGAAGUUCAAGUGCAGUCCCGACGCCUAUGUACAAAUGAUCAUCCAGCUCGCAUACCACAAGUUCUACGGCAAGAACCGUCCUACCUACGAGUCCGCCGCUACCCGUCGCUUCCAACAAGGUCGAACAGAGACAUGCAGAACCGUCUCAGAUGAGAGCGUGGCUUUCUGCAACGCCAUGGCUGAUGCUGACGCUACGCCCGAAGAGUGCCAGAAGAAGCUGAGAGCGGCGCUUGAUGCACACGUCAAGUACAUCUCUGACGCUAGUGACGGACGGGGUGUGGACCGUCACCUCUUUGGACUCAAGAAGUGUCUCAAGGAGGGUGAGGAAGUGCCUACUCUGUACCAGGACCCUGCCUACACAUACAGCUCCACAUGGUUCAUCUCGAGUUCACAAUUGUCGAGCGAGUACUUCAACGGAUACGGAUGGUCGCAGGUCAUCGACGACGGAUGGGGUAUUGCCUACAUGAUCAAUGAGAACAGCAUUCAGUUCAACGUCUGCUCCAAGGGACUGGGCUCGGAAAAGAUGAGCUUCUACCUCAACGAGGCUGCUGGUGACAUGAGGGAUAUCAUGCUGCCCACUCUGGACGCAGCCAAGGCAAAGUUGUAG